GUGGAAUUUUGAACCGCGACCUCGUGUUGCGCUUGCACGAGCGUGAGGCAAUCGUCGGAUUUCUUCGCAGCCAGAGAGAAAAGCAGUUGACUGAGGCUCUCGGGAGGAAAAGCGUUCUUUAUACUGUCCAUCGACCUACUGAAUGCUGCUUGGCCUUCUAGCUAGGCGGCUCUCUUGCAAGUUCGUGUUCGGUGGGCGGAGUCUGGGAAUAUCAAAUACCGCGGUUGCUGCUCGCGGAAGACCAGUGAACCACCGUCGGUUUCAGGGCGCAAUGGCUAGCUCUAGUGGGACUCCAGACAGCGGGGAAAGGAAGAAGAAAGGAGGGGAAGGACUGAAAGAGCUGGACCCCCCACCCGAAUUUUUGGGCCCCCGUUUGGAGAUGUUUGAGCGACUGAAGAAAGAAUACGACCAGUGGGUGGAAGCUCAAGAGUCGACGCCGAUAACAGUGACUCUGCCAGAUGGUAAGACGGUCAGUGGAUCGUCGUGGAAGACAACUGCCUGCGAUGUGGCCGCCCAGAUCAGCAAGGGACUGGCUGACAACACCGUCAUCGCAAAGGUGGAUGGUGAGCUCUGGGACUUGGACAGACCUCUAGAGAAGGACUGCUCUCUUCAGCUGCUCAAGUUUGAUGACGAGGAAGCCCAGCAGGUCUUCUGGCACUCCAGUGCCCAUAUUCUAGGGGAGGCAAUGGAGAGAUUCUAUGGAGCCCAUCUCUGCUACGGACCACCCAUCGAGGGAGGUUACUACUACGAUGCCUGGAUGGCCGACAAACAGGUGGCACCCAGUGAUUUCUCGUCACUCGAGGCCAUCUUCAAGAACAUCGUGAAGGAAAAACAACAGUUUGUUCGACUUGUCGUGAAAAAGGAAGACCUCCUCGAAAUGUUCAAGUAUAAUGAGUUCAAGUGUCGGAUAAUUGAUGAGAAGAUAACCACACCCACCACUACCGUCUACCGGUGUGGUCCGCUCAUUGAUCUGUGCAGAGGACCACAUGUUCGACAUACUGGAAAGAUCAAGGCUGCUACCAUCACUGCCAACUCGUCGACCUACUGGAAAGGAGAUGCGCAGGCUGAGUCUCUCCAGAGGAUCUACGGCAUCUCCUUCCCGGACAGCAAACAGCUGAAGGAGUGGAAGCAUUUCCAAGAGGAGGCUGCAAAGAGAGACCAUCGCAAAAUAGGACGAAACCAGGAGCUCUUCUUCUUCCACGAGCUAAGUCCCGGGAGCUGUUUCUUCCUCCCUCGAGGGGCCUUCAUAUACAACACACUCACGGAGUUCAUUCGCAGCGAGUACUGGAAGAGGGGGUUCCAGGAGGUCGUGUCUCCAAACAUGUACAACAGCAAGCUCUGGGAGACUUCGGGCCACUGGCAGCAUUACUCGGAGAACAUGUUCCAGAUAGAUGUGGAGAAGGAGACAUUUGCACUGAAGCCAAUGAACUGUCCCGGCCACUGUCUCAUGUUUGACCACCGCCCCAGGUCGUGGAGAGAGCUACCCCUCAGAAUGGCCGAUUUCGGAGUUCUCCAUCGCAACGAGGUGUCGGGCGCUCUCACUGGCCUCACGCGGGUUCGCCGGUUCCAGCAGGACGACGCCCACAUUUUCUGCACCCCAGAACAGGUGAAAGAUGAGAUUGCUGGAAGUCUGGAUUUCCUCCAAGCUGUCUACAACGUGUUUGGAUUCUCGUUCAAGCUCUAUCUCUCCACGCGGCCCGAGAAGUACAUGGGAGAUCUUGCUCUCUGGGACGCGGCUGAAAAGAACUUGGAGGAGGCUCUGAACAAGUUUGCCGGGGAGACUGGACAGACCUGGAAACUCAAUCCUGGUGACGGAGCCUUCUAUGGACCUAAAAUUGAUAUAGUAAUAACGGAUGCCCUCAAAAGGCCACAUCAAUGCGCCACUAUCCAGCUAGACUUCCAGCUGCCAGAAAGAUUCAACCUCCUCUACAUUACAGGGACGGACAGCGAGGAGAGAAAGAGACCGGUCAUUAUCCACCGAGCCAUUCUCGGCUCUGUGGAGAGAAUGAUGGCGAUUCUCACGGAGAGUUUCGGAGGGAAAUGGCCAUUCUGGCUCUCUCCAACUCAAGUCAUGAUUGUUCCAGUCUCCUCAAAAUUUGACAGUUAUGCCCACGAGCUCCAUCAGACCAUUCACGAUGCAGGAUUUAGAGUGGAGACUGAUCUGGCGCCAGGCGACACUUUCAACAAGAAGAUCCGAAAUGCUCAGCUAAGCCAGUGGAACUAUAUCCUGGUUGUAGGAGAAAAGGAGAUGACCAAUAAGACGGUGAAUGUCCGUACUCGUGACAACGUCGUGCACGGAGAAAAGACCGUACAGCAGCUGAUUGAUCACAUGACCAAACUCAAGGCUCAACGUGCCAUCAAUGACGACAGCUCCGAAUUCUAAUUAUGGGACACUUGUGACUGUGGAAAAUUUUUCUCUCAAUGUGUAGUUUUGAGUUCUGGAAAGUGUGCGCUUUGAGUACGCGCAUGCGCUAUAUGGAUCCACUCGCAUGUGCAUAAUCGUAGCGCGCGACGAAGAAGCGCGUACGCGUAAUAUGCACGGGGGAAAAGUGGGUGGAGCUGGAAAUGGUGAUUACGGGCGUGAGCGGAGCAGAGCGGGAGAGAAAAUGGAGCUCUUUCAGGUCACGCCGAGCCUCAAGAAAGCGGCCGGCCUGAUAAACGGGCUGGAGGCUGGAAGAUUCAGCAAAAUCCUGACCAGAAUCAUGCCAAAACUUCACCUGAAGGACGAGCCCGCCUUCAGUCCUGAAGAGAUCGAGAAGCUUCCUGCCGCUCUGAAAUUGGAACCAAAGGACGUGGAACUGGUUCUGGACACGUCCACUUUCAUUAUGCAACAGGCAGCGUACCACUUGGCCAAGCCAGCCGUCCUGAGUCAACAUUUACAAAAGAUUGGCCUGGAAGAAGAAAAGAUCCAGGUGUUUGUGGGUAUGUGGACUGCACAUGGGAAAUCAGUGGUCGAAAAGUUGCAGUCUAGAACAUUCUACCCAAAACAGCUGGACGAGGUGAAAUGGAGGCUAAAUCUCCAGAUUGCACAGUCCAGUCGCACAAAGAUGAAGCUACCAAACGCACUGUUCGAAUUUGGCAUAAAGGACGGAGAGGAGAAGGACAGAGUUCGUGUGGAGUUUACUCACGAGGAGCUGUUCAAAUUUUAUGAAAAGGUACUUUGUUGAAAUGCUAGGAGACAACAGUUCAUAACAGUAUCUGUUUGCUAGCAUUCAUGUGUCCAGGUAUAUAUGUACACACUUUACAUGGUCAAUAAUGGGUAUUGUACUUUAACAGUGCUCGAGCAUGUUAACAAAGCUGUGUUAUCUUUGGUCUGUGGAUCUCUCUAUUUAUCCCCUCCCACAACUGGUGUUAUUUGCACUGUCCAUAUUUGUCAGCAGUACAAACGAUCUCCCAAAUGUAAUAGGUCCUGAUAGCACUAAACACGGUUCCAAGUAUGCACAUUGUGUGUUUGCUGGAGGCAAUAAUUGUUACGUCGUUCCGCGCCUAGAUUGAGACAAUUUAGCCAGUGACGUAAACCCAUCAACACUAGCAUCAAGCUCACUAACUAAAUCUCACUGGCAUAAAUCAUCCUUUUGACCAUCAGGCCAGAGAUAUUAUGUAUAGGGUGGAUCAGGGAACUUCAUACACACACAGAUAGAGUCACGCGGCCUUUGGCAGCCCUCCACUGUUCUUUCGUGUUUCUGCGUAGUGGUUUCCACGGCAACUGGGUGUGGUGCGUGUGAUCAUGGUGCCCAGGGGGACGGUGACAUCAUUGCGGUAUCCGCGGUUCAAAAGGCCUGUGUAAAUCAGUAUCGGUACCAGCUCCUCACAUUCUUGACCGCUAUUCUAUCUGGUCUCCGCAAUAGUAAUGCUGCUGUUGGCUUGGAAAUGAUGUGCUAAUGGCUUUAUUUAGCUCGAGACAGUGUCCACUUAUUUUAUGGACACCUCCUGCUAGCUCAGAUUAUGUCUGUCUUUCAUUAUGCAUAACCUCUUAUAAUGGACACCCUGAAUAAAAGGCACCUGUUUUUAACAGUGCUACUCACAAAUUAAUCUCUACCCUUCACUUAAUAGCAGACAAUAUCAAUUAGUAAUCUAAGAUGUGUCGAGAAAAUAAGCAUAGAGAUGAAUGAUUCUACUGUUCUCUUAUGUAGUUGGAAACUAUCCAGUCACAAUUGGAUGCACUGUCGUAGCAAAAAAAAGGGCAGAAGGC